CGGUCCCGGUUCAAGAUGGCGAUGGGGCCGCGGCGGCAAGGAGCGCGGGGGUUAUAGAGGCCGCUGCAGCAGGAGGGAGCCGGGCCGCCCCGGCCGGGCGGAGGGGUCUCUCCCUCUUUUUUAAAGGCUUUUUUUUUGAGGCAGAAGGAAAAAGGUCAAAAUGGGGCGGAGAUCUACAUCAUCCACCAAGAGUGGGAAGUUUAUGAAUCCCACGGAUCAGGCCCGGAAGGAAGCUCGGAAAAGGGAACUAAAGAAGAACAAAAAGCAACGAAUGAUGGUACGAGCAGCUGUACUGAAGAUGAAAGAUCCAAAGCAAAUUAUCCGGGACAUGGAAAAAUUGGAUGAGAUGGAGUUUAACCCAGUACAGCAGCCACAACUUAAUGAAAAAGUGCUAAAGGAUAAACGCAAAAAACUCCGUGAGACUUUUGAGCGUAUCUUGCGGCUCUAUGAGAAGGAGAAUCCUGACAUCUAUAAAGAACUGCGCAAGUUGGAAGUGGAGUAUGAGCAGAAGAGAUCACAACUCAGCCAGUAUUUUGAUGCUGUCAAGAAUGCUCAGCAUGUUGAAGUGGAAAGUAUCCCCUUACCAGAUAUGCCGCAUGCUCCCUCCAACAUCCUCAUUCAGGACAUUCCCCUUCCAGGGGCCCAACCACCUUCUAUCCUCAAGAAGACAUCAGCCUAUGGACCACCAAUUCGGUCCAUUUCUGUACUUCCUCCUCCUGGGCUUGGUGUUCCACGUUUACCUCCAGGCAGGAAGCCCCCAGGACCUCCUCCAGGGCCACCCCCACCUCAGGUCCUACAGAUGUAUGGCCGUAAAGUGGGUUUCACCUUGGAGAUGGCUCCUCGAAGGCGAGAAGAGGAGAUUUCUUACAGUUCUGAAGCAGGACAGCGAGGGCAUGAUGACGAUAUGUCCAGUACUAGUGAAGAUGAAGGUUAUCCUGAGGAUAUGGAUCAAGACAAGCAUGAUGAGAGUAGCGAUGAUAGUGACAGCGAUAGGUCAGAUGCAGACAGUGAAGGCGAGGACUUCCUGCACCGCGAUAAUGACAAGGAGAGGGAAGGUGGUGAAGAAAAGAAAUCAGGUCAUAGCGUACGGUUUGCAGACAUGCCUGGGAAGUCACGAAAAAAGAAAAAGAACAUGAAAGAACUGACUCCACUCCAGGCCAUGAUGUUACGAAUGGCAGGUCAGGAAAUUCCAGAGGAAGGGAGAGAAGUGGAGGAAUAUUCAGAAGAAGAGGAGGAGGAGGAAGAGGACUCAGAGUCUGAAGAGACAUCACAACAACAGCAACAACAACUCAGUGAGGAAGCUCUUGCAGAGACCGGGUCAUCUACUGCAACUGCCCAGACACAACAGCAGCAACCGCCUCCACAGCCUGUUCCUCCAGCUCAGAUACAGGCACCUCCUAUGCCUGGGCCACCUCCGCUAGGACCACCUCCAGCCCCUCCACUGAGGCCCCCAGGCCCACCCACUGGCCUUCCUCCUGGCCCUCCACCAGGAGCUCCUCCGUUCCUGAGACCUCCUGGUUUACCAGGACUGCGUGGGCCUUUACCUCGACUUCUGCCACCGGGCCCUCCGCCUGGGCGACCACCUGGCCCUCCCCCAGGCCCCCCACCAGGUCUGCCCCCAGGUCCUCCUCCACGUGGACCUCCUCCUCGCCUGCCCCCUCCUGCCCCACCAGGUAUCCCUCCUCCUCGCCCAGGCAUGUUACGGCCACCUCUGGUGCCUCCAUUAGGACCUGCCCCACCUGGGCUUUUCCCACCAGCUCCCAUUCCAAAUCCUGGAGUACUGAGUGCCCCACCCAGCUUGAUUCAGCGCCCCAAGGCGGAUGACACCAGUGCAGCCACCAUUGAGAAGAAAGCUACGGCCACUAUCAGUGCCAAGCCGCAGAUCACUAACCCCAAGGCAGAGAUCACUCGCUUUGUGCCCACUGCCUUGCGAGUGCGCCGGGAGAAUAAAGGGGCUUCAGCUGCCUCCCAGAGAAAACAGGAUGAUGAGCCUGCUCUCCCAUUAACCAAAGCUGCCCCUAAGGCUGGAUCAUCUGCCCCUAUCUCUGUACAGACAAAGGAUGACGUGUAUGAAGCCUUCAUGAAGGAAAUGGAAGGUCUCCUGUGACCUGUCAUAGUCCUAGUCAGCUUUCCUGCCCCUCUGAACACAGAUCAGACCACCAUGGAGGGAGGAGAAGGAAAGGUCCUCCUGCAAGCAAUGAAAGGGCUCGCAUGACAGGGAAUAGUUCCCUACCCACAGGUUAACUUGCCAGUAUGCUCUGAAUAGAGACCGCUGCAGAUGAGGUGUGGCUGGGGACCUCCUUUCAGAGCUAGCAUGUCCACUUAGUGGAAGGAAAUUACAGUAAAGAAGGCAAUGCCGCUUCCCUUGAGUCCUCCCCCUUCCUUGGAGGGAGAUAA